AUGUGGAUUCCUCUUCUCGUGCUGGCUGUAAACUUGCUCUUUGUCUAUGGGAAGAAAGGUUUGGUUUUCCUCUCUUUUAUGUCAAAGUGCCCAUCUUCAAAACUCUCCUUACAUAUUAAUCCGAAUCCACGAGUCCAGUCCUAGUUUCAAAGGCUUGGUUACUCUUUACUUCAAUUAAACAAAAUGGCGGCUGACGAGCCAUGGUUGUGCAGUGGUUAUUGAUUAUCCAUUUUGAGAAUUAGCCUUUGUGCAAGAGAAAAAAAGAAAGCGUGAGAAUGGACUCUUUGAAUUACUUGCAAAAAGUGUCCAUGAGAUUUUUCCCAAAACCAAAAGAAUACAACUCUAUCAGAGGAAGGUACAAAUGUGUUUCUAAUAGUAUGAGCUGGGGAAUAUAUGUUACUCGUGUAGACUGUCUUUAUUGAUUUAUAGGACCUCAAAGUCUUUGUGACAAGGGGGUUCACUUUAUAUAGUGAAAUUUUAUGCUUGUGUCGUAGUAUUUGCUAAAUUUACUUAUAUUUCUUCUUCAUAACAGCAGCCCUUCCUCAUACGAAAUGCGAGCGGACUUUCGAAAAGGUUGGUUGUUUCAAGGACAAUACCAAGAGAGGGAUGAGAACUCUGCCAGAUCUCUUAGUGAACGAUAGAGAUAAAUCAAGUGAUGCCCAUGAUGGUCAUCAGAUUGAUUGGCAUGCGUGGGAAGAGUCAAUGCUCAGGUAACUCAGCUUCUUUUUUUUUUAAUGUAUUUAUUUGGUGAUGUUUGACAGGCUGGUCUAGUUCAGCUUUAAAGCUGGUUUAAAUGAGGACAAUAACAAAGCCAGACCACAAACUGAAACUGGAUCUACAUUCCCUACUCUUUGAGAGAAGAGCAAGGGUUGUUAAUAACAUUCUCUGCCAACCAGUGCAGAGAAGAUGCAGGAGACAGGGCUAUAUUUUAUAAUUCUUAUUGGAAAAGAUAAGAAUGUCUUACCACAUGUGGAUGUUAUAGCAAAGGCAGCACGUUGUCCUCAGUGAUUUUAAGACCCUGACUGUCAGUCAGGUCUGGGACUUGAACCCUUGAUCACUCACAUGGCAGCUGAGCACUCAUGAGAUAACUAAUUGAUAGGCCAACUUUUAAACCUUUAUUGCCCAACCCCUGAUUAAAACCUUUGCAGUGCUAAUGCAACUGGGAUUGGAUAAUAACAUUUUCACAUGACUAUUUUUCAGUCUUGCCUGCCGCUGUGCAAAUAAAACCCGUGAAAAUGGUUGGAAAGUAUUUGGGUUGCAGUUCUAUGGGGAGUGCUGGAGUGGAGAGAAUGGGGAGACGGCAUUUAACAAAUAUGGUGAAGCUGAUCCCAAAAAGUGCAUCCAGGAACUUGUAGAGCCAUUUCCUCCUUGUGAUAAAAGCAAGGAUAUGGAAUGCGUAGGAACUCAAAGCACUAACUACAUCUAUCGGUUGAAAGACUGUGAGUGAAUUCUCUUGUCAAAAGAGAAUAUUUUGUUGUUCUUAUAAUUUUAAAAAUGUGGGAGCCUUACAUAAUCUCAAUUUUACAUGAGCUUUCAUUUAAAUUUGGUUUCAUCUUGGCAGAUUGAACGAACUGGUUCAAUUUUGUUAACUUUGACUGGGUUCAGUCAUUUGUGGUGGAGUGUUUUUUAAAAUUUGCAAUGGCAGGCUAUAGUGAUUUAGUUUGCUUCCUUCAAGAAUUCAACUGAUUGUUCUCUCGAGUUCCGAGAGGCCUGUAUUUUAAGAAAAAGUUGGUGUAUUCUAAUAUUGUGAGGUUCUUUCUCUAAAGUAAAACCUAAAGAUGUGAAUGGUGGUUACUCAUUGUGGUCAGAGUGGACUGAAUGUACUAAAACCUGUGGAGGCGGAACACGAGCCCGUGAAAGAACCUGUACCGACCCUGCCCCUGUGGGGAAUGGAAAGGGCUGCGAUCAUCUAGGUGAACCAGAGGAGAAUCAGAAAUGCAAUGAAGAUCCGUGCCCUGAUCGUAAGUGGCCUUAAACAAAUCACUGCUCGAAUCUCGCGCUUGCUACAGCCAUGCGCAACCAACGUGCGAACAUCAUUAGUUACUAUUCUUUUACGUCAAUUUCAUUUAAACAGCCUGCAAGAAAUCACUGGACGUUGGCCUGAUAAUAGAUGCUUCGGGCAGCGUUGGAAGUGGAAACUUUGCCAAGGCUUUGAAGUUCCUCUCUGAUCUUGUCGGCCACUUGUCAGUAUCACCACAAGGAACCCAUGUCGGUGCCAUCGUUUAUAAUUCAGUAGCCAGAUUAGAAUUCAACCUGGCGAAAUCGGAAUACCACAGCCUUCCCAAGCUGCAGGAAGCCAUCAAGGGCCUGAAAUAUACUGGUGGAGGAACCAGGACAGAUCUGGCCCUGAAGAUGGCUGCUGAUCAGAUCUUUAGCGCCGCUGAUGGCGACAGGGCAGAUGCCGCAAAUGUUCUGGUGAUCCUCAGUGAUGGCAAAACAAAUAGCAGGAGUGCACCAUAUGUGGAUGUUUUGAAGCCUCUGCAGGUUAGCGACAAGGAAAUAUGCACUAAACUUUAAAAUUAUCGCCUGCUUGCAUAGAAAUAUGCUAAGGAAGAGGAAAUUAUUCACAAAGGACUAUCAGGAUGAUUCAGAACAGACAAGAUUAACAUCAACCCUUUAACCCCUAAGAGUGACUGGCGUCUAAUUUCUCCUUACAAUAUCAGUCCUGAAUUAAACAUUAAGGACACGAGAAUAAGGGAUUUGACCAACAACUAAAGAACUCUUGACUGUCAAACAAAUUCUCCUCUUCAGACCCUUAAGAACGAUCCUUCCCAGUUUAAAAACUGGGAAGGAUCGAUUGGCGAAUAUCGCCUGAUAUUCCGCAGUUUUAGCCGUCGCGUUUGGGUCACUUGAUGCGUUUAAACCAAUUGCUUUUGAGUGAAAAUGUUCAGUGGAAAAUAAAGGCUGAACUUGUUCCAUUUUUUUUUCUGUUUUAGAACAAGGGAGUCCGCACAGUUGCUGUGGGAAUUGGGAACAGCAUCGGUGACGAUGAACUGCUUAUGAUCGCUGCGGGAAACCCUGACUACGUCACACAUGUAAACGAUUUUGAUGAGCUUAAAAACAACUUGAAGCAAAUCCUCAUGGAAUCUUGUCAAGGUUAGUAACAAGCAGCGAUUUUCGACCUUCAAUAGAGACCCUGCUUCACAUGGGCAGCGAAAUGACAAAUUUACCGUAAGGGAAAUAAGUCAACUCAACUCAUGCUGUCGAAAAGAUUGUUCAUAAUCCUGACCAGGGGUACGUGAAUGUUAUACACCCCUUAGCAAAAGAAUGUCGGUACAUGUGUCAUACUUUUGUGUUUGUCAUUCAUUGACUAGAAUCUUUCAUCAGGUGCUGGUGAUGUCGAUGGGGCCUGGUCCGAGUGGUCUAGCUGGACGCAGUGCUCUAAGUCUUGUGGUGGAGGAGUAAAAGUUCGCGAGAGAUCGUGUACCAAUCCCCCACCAAAAGGCAACGGCAAGAGUUGCGCUGGAGAGUUGGAAGAGACUGGAGCGUGUUCUGAGAAUCCAUGUCCCAAACGUGAGUAGUAAUUAAGAUUUUUUUUCUCAAAGGAUGAAUUUUCUCAACCGUAGCUUUCACAAGAUACUUAUCUUUUACCUAGCAGUGAGCUUGUCACAGGGUAAAUUAUGAUUGACUUCCUUGAUUGUCCAAGUGUAUCGAGCAAUUUUCUGUCUAGAGUGUUUUUCGAAUGGAGUGUCGUAAAACCGAACCUACAGUCUUCGCCGUGGCCAAUUGGGAAAUCGGUGAAUGCAACAAAGAGGCUAUGAGGUGUUAAUUACAUAAAUGUAAAAUGUCUUAAGCGCAAGAAACCAAGUUAUAAAGCCGUGAUUGGCUCUUGUGUUGCAAUCUGAUUUGUGGCGCGAGUUUGCUAAGCCAACAACAGAGCGCAGUGAAGGAAAACGCCUUCAAUUCCUAUCCACACUUGACAUCAAAUUGAAAGUUGCCUUAACAUUAUAGACUGCCAUUUGAAAAAAUUGACGGCGGAACCAUAGUUUUAUAUGAAACUAAAUUAGUAACAUGCACCUGUGGCAGAAAAUUGAUUCAAGUAUGUUUUGAUUUUGCAAUUGAAUUUAGCUUGUACCAAGGCCUUAGACGUUGGCAUCAUCCUGGAUGGCUCAGGCAGUGUGGGUAAAAACAACUUCAAAAUAGCCAAAGAGUUCGUCCAGUCCUUGAUGUCUCACUUCUCAGUCUCCACCAAAGCAACGCACUUUGGCGUAAUUACAUAUAGUACUAAUUCCAAUUUGGAAUUUCACUUAGCAAACCCAAAAUAUCACGACGUGGUCGAACUUAAGAAACGUGUGAUGGAAAUUAGGUACCCUGGGCAGUGGACUCGCACUGAUAGGGCUUUGGAAAUGGCUGCUCAAAAGCUAUUCACUAGCGCCGGAGGAGAUCGUAACGACAAAGCAAACAUUUUGAUUGUGUUCACCGAUGGUAAAACAAACCGAGGAAGUAAGCCAUAUCCUGAAGUACUACAACCACUCCAGGUUAGUACCUUCAUGUAAGGAAAGUAAUGUGACGCUUGCUAUUACAGUUGUGUUGCACUAAGAUCAACCUUUAAGGUUGAUUGCACUUGUCUGAUGAUUGGCCGAGUUUGAUUUCGCGUUAAGUACAGCACGACUAAGGAUUCCUCCAUUCGCUCCGACGGAGGGCUAACGCUCUUUAUGGUGGCCAACUUACGUUAUUAACUCAACUGAUGAAAUAAAUUUAUUUCGGGAUUCCUCUACCACAUUUUAUGACGAAGAAAGAACUGACAGAUACAACUUCUUCCAGCACUGAUUGUAAAUAUCUUACAGUGCAAUAGCUAUUCAAAAAUCAACGAGGAAGAAGUGUGAAAUUGACAUAAUUCAUAUUCCGCUAUGAUUAACCAUGCAUCUAUUAUAUUUCGUGCAAUUUUAUUCUUCAAUUACUUGAGCAUUUACAAUAGCUAUCCGAAAACAAUGACUGUAUAGAAAGCUUCUGUUAACCCAAUAUAGAAAAUCAGAAGGGAACAAGAAAUAUUCCCUUUCAUCUUUCUUACUUAUUUAAUUUGGUAGGAAAAAGGAGUCAGAACCGUUGCAGUGGGUAUUGGUCACGGUAUCAACCGGCGAGAGUUGCGUCAGAUUGCUAUGAACGAUGAUCAGUAUGUUAUACAGGUGGAUGACUUUGAUGCCUUGAAGGAUAAACUACAGAUGAUUCUAGAUGAGUCCUGUCAAGGUAAGCUCGUACAAUUGCAGCUAAAAACGAACCUGGAAAUUGUAGCAACUAGCCGGUUUUCGUUUUGCAUUCCCCUGACUGCCGAAAGACUGAAGGUCCCACCCCUGCAUGCUGAUUAUUUGAAAAUUUAUGGACUUUAGUAUUUUUCAUUUUUUGUCUUAGGUGCACCGCCAUCUACGCCUAGCCCUCGAUGUAAAGAAGGAGAACUAGGUCUUCAGAGCGGUGACAUUCCUGACGAUGCAAUCACGGCCUCCAGCCAGUGGGAUGGAAACCAUGGUCCAAUCCGUGCGCGACUAAAUUCGGCACGUUCGGGAGCGAAGACAGGAGCUUGGUCUGCAAAAUAUAACGACUUAGGGCAAUGGAUUCAGGUAUAUGUUGUCUAUUUACCGAUGCUUGACUCUCUCUUGUCCAUGAACUGUUCCUUAGAGUAAGUUUGCACACGAGCCAAGUAGCCCAUACCACUGGAGUAUUUGCGGUUUUCUAAAUGCUUAGCAACUAGGGCGAGUGCUGUGAGGUGUCCUGACACCUUACAGUGCUAAUCUGUGUUCCUGGAUGGGCGUCAUAUUACCCAAUAAUACAGUGAUCUGGUCAGGGCUCGAACCUAGGCCCUCCUCUUCUCGAACCUGACGUUUGUUAUCGGUCCCAAAAAAAUUCUAUCUUGGUUUGACAUGUUCACAUUUGCAGUCGAGAUGAUUGAAAUCAGAUAUACAAAAAUAUCAGAAAACCAAGCACAGUGGACUGGUUUUUGAGCUUAAUGUUUUACAAAUAGCUGUGGUCGGUAAGGUUACCGGCUCCUGGAUCAUUCGAUCCAAAUUUCAGCGCCCUAACCAUUGUGCUCAUGCGUCUCCUACCGGAAAAUUAUUUACUCUUUGUUCAAUUAUAAAUUAUAUUGCUGUCUCUAUAUUUACUUCGCAGGUCGACUUUGGUAAGAUUGUCAAGAUAACACGGGUGUUUACCCAAGGUAGAAGUGAUUAUGAUCAAUGGGUGACGUCAUACUGGAUAUCCUACAGCCUCAAUAAUGGUUUCUACGAAGUCUACGGUGAAAAUGGUCCAAUUGUAAGUUUAACGUGCCGCUUAUGUGAGCCUGAACCUUUUGCUAUGGUUGUCGAAGUUAUAGCGAGAGAUUGACCCGAAAAUAUAUUUAAUAAAUGAUCCAAUCUUGUCAGGUAGCGUAGGUGUAAAGAUUUUUGCAGGAAUAUGUUCAGUGAAUCAUUUCUGGGAAUCUAAUUUCCCUCCAAAGCGUUCUAUUUUUCUUGGAGGUCUCUUGAAGUCUUGGUGAUUCCAUUAAUUGGAAAACUUUGCUCUCCCUUGAACUCGCCACUCACGUCAAAAUUCAAGAAAAGUUUUCCUUUGUUCUGGGCGGCAGCUUAGACGGCGAUUAGCAGCUUGAAGCUGCGAGGAUCUCUUAAUUUCAUCUAUUCACCGCAGUGCAAAUAUAUGAAUUUCAUAUAUCUAAAAUCAUCAUUCAUUACUUGAAUGGUUUAUUUGGACCCAACACAUUGACCAGCUCCCAGUUGGCUUGUUAGCUCAGUUGGUAGAGCGCUGCACCGGUAUCGCAGAGGUCAUGGGUUCAAAUCCCGUGCAGGCCUGAAUUUUUUUCAGGUCCUUUUUUUCAACUACUCGUUCCAGUAGUGUUCUUAGCUGCGAGGAUCUCUUAAUUUCAGCUUGAAGACCUUUCCUUUCGUUGCGCUUGGAUUUGUCGCAAUAAAAGGGAACUUUUUGUUUCAUGUGGAACCCGCUUUUUGUGAUUCUUGUGUCACUCUUAGCUUGUUUUGUCAUUUUCUCAGAUCUUUACGGGGAACUCUGACAGGAAUACAAUCAAAGAAAACAAGUUGGAAGUGCCAAUCUACACUCGUUUCUUUCGUCUUCAUCCAAAAACUUUCCAUGGACAUAUCUCCUUGAGACUUGAAUUAUUUGGCUGUCAAACAGGUUAGCUCAAAGUUAUGUUAUCUCAACUGAAAAUUUUACCCAGAGUUAUCACUGACCACAUGAAUCUACCACUAAAGAGAUCCAUCGAUGGCGAAUUGCCAUUUGUUCCGCGUUUGAUUCCCUCUACUGACCUGGCGUCGUAUCUAAGCUGCUGUUUUCCUUGCUCUGAGGUAUCUUCUGAAGGUUCACUGUUUUCCCCUCACCACAAAAAGCAAUACCCCAAAUUUAAAGUUCACGGUACUGUUGGAUGAAAAACUAUUAGUAAACGUGCUGCUGCCAAAUUUACUUCACUUCUUUUUCUAUAUUCGACCAGAUUCAGUACCCUCCAGGGUAAGAGGUAAUUAUUCCAAAUUUUAUGUUGGCAUUUUUGGAAAAAAAAAGUCUAUCCGAGGGCUGUGAGGUAGUUGGCGUUUCUAGCUUCCGAUGGCGCAACGUGGAAUUGAUAAUUGUUUCAAUUAGAGAGCUUAAUUUUCCAAAUGGAAACACAUGAUCUAAAAAUCAACAGUUAUUUGAGAUCAAAAGAUUCCCCCAUGAAAUUAUUGAAUGCCCGCCAUUUUCUUGCACAAUCAGGCUUUGUCCCUCCCAGUCCCCCACUGUGCAUGGAAGCACUCGGCAUGCAAAGCGGGCGUAUCAAACCAGAUGCCCUGCAAGCUUCUUCGCAAUACGAUGCUAACCACGGAGCAGAUAAUGGUAGGCUCCACUUCCAGAAAACUGGUUCAAGAAUCGGUGCAUGGUCUGCCAAGACAGCAGAUGGUAACCAAUAUAUUCAAGCCAAGUUUGACGUGGUUGCUAAGGUACGUCGCGUUGCUACUCAGGGACGAAUGGACGCUGACCAGUGGGUAAAGACAUACACUUUGGCCUACAGCUUCGAUGGAAAGACGUGGAAAGAUUACAAGCUCAAUAAUAUAGUUACGGUACGUUCUCAAAUCUGUGCUGUUGUUGACAUGUUUGGAAUAUGUCUGUUGCGGUGUGACGAAUCUCACAGGACAUUGUGUUACGGCUUUCUGAGUUUGAUAUUAAGUAUGAAAGAUAUGAGAGAAUGGUGACAACAACAGGUUUAAAAAAAGGCUUUGGAUCGCUAAACAAUUUUGAAAGGUCACCCAGUAUUAAUUCAGAAACUAGUUCUAAUCUUCUCGUAAUAGUAUUAAAAAUUUCUUUAUGUAUGGGUAUCCUCUUCCCUUGUUUGCGCUCCAAAACUAUUCUAGGCUAGAAACAGACUAGAAAAACAUCUUUUCGUUAUGAUAGGAAAAAAUACGGACAGAAAUUUUCAAUUGAAUGUCGAAAGAUGUCCGAGAUUACUAUUGUUUUACUUUACUUCGCUUACACAAAACGCAAACCAAUCGCGACUUGGUCAUCCGCGUCUUCCCGCGUCUUCCCGCGCUUUUUGCAGUUUGCCUAGUUUUACUUUUAAUUCUUAUUGGCUAACGAAGGAGUGAUUCAUCGUUUUGAUCGGCUGCUGAUUACUUUUCUCAACGCUCAAUUGAAAACUGCUCAAAAACGUUAAGAAUAGAAAAGAUUGACCAUUUGAAAUAAUCUUAUCACGGAAUGACGCGUCCAAUCAGUAUCAAAAAAACGAUUUGUGUUUAAAUUCCUAGGUCUUCCAAGGAAACAACGAUCGUUACACUGUAGCAGCUGAGUUUGUUGAUCCACCAAUCAUUGCUCAGUAUAUACGGAUCAAACCUAAGAGCUGGCAUGGAACCAUUUCUAUGAGAGUGGAGUUCUACGGAUGUACUGAAGGUAUGGCACUCCGCCCAUAUCCAGAAAAGACAAUUUUUCAAUUUAGUUUCGAAAGUAAUUCAGGAAUUCAGUUGUUUUGCUCCACUAUUCUUUUCAAUUGGUUCAAAAAAUUCCGCGGGCUACCUUCUCAACCAGUGAAGGCAACACUACAAGACUAAAACCAAUCACGACUUCAUGUUAUACGACAUUCAAUCGAGAAGCACUUUGGUCAGCUACCUUAUCAUAUGAAGUUUAUUGAAUUAAUAUUUUGGUGAAAGUAUUGCUCUCUAAUUUAAUUGUUUUCUGUUUAUAUUUCUGUGUAGAUGGUGACAUUUGCAGUGUGCAUAAGCCUUGCCAAAAUGGCGCCCAGUGCACAAAUGUUGUGGGUGGCUAUCAAUGUAAAUGCCCACCUGGAUUUAAAGGAAAAAACUGUGACGAAGGUAAGUUACUGUGGUUAUAAUGAAAACGAUUUUCAUAUUGAGUGUGAAGGAACUGAUAUUGCUAACUUGUUAAAGAAUGAACUCCAAUUUGCUUGUGUUACGUCCAUAGAGGGUAAGUUGUUAUGUUGUUUUUUUCUUUGAGACUGAUCGGAAUAGGGUUGAGUUUACCUCUUGUAAUUUUAUGUUUUGUCGAAACUCGUUUACGAACCUCAAUAGUGGUUUAGCUAGACGCGCUACAUAUUUAUGAUUCUUUCAGGGAUAUAGAGCGAAAAUAAUAAGUUCUGUAUAAGUUCCUUCCUUCCUUUGUCCAUCUAUCACUUCCUUCCCUCCCUAAAUUCAUUAGAAGUAACAUAAAAUAUGAAACCUAAACUUAACCUCAUGUUGGAAUGUUUUUGCAUGCUUGUUACAACACAGAUGUCGAUGAAUGCGCCAGCAAACCAUGUAAGAAUGGCGGCAAGUGCGAGAAUAAACCAGGAGGUUACAAAUGCACUUGUGUUGGUGGUUGGUUUACAGGAAAGAACUGUGAUGAAGGUAGAUAUUUCUCUAGAGGCUUUUCAGACGUGUUAGUACUGCAUAUCAUAAGAUUACGAACACGAUUUAUGGAGUUUUCAUUUUUGUAAUCACCUAAGCUCUGCUAAGUGAAUCCCUGCGAUUAUGUUCAUUUAUCUAGAGUUUCUUAAGUAUCUUGAAUAAACGUAUUGUAAUUUAAAACGGCGAUGCUAUAUUUAGAAAAGUCCUGAUUUCCGUCUACUUUUGACACAGUGAACUAAUCACUUGCCACACAUAACCAAAAGGGUCUCUUUCAAGAGCCAUCCUUAGGACUAUUUGUCUUAAAGCAGGUUAAAUUAACGCAUCUCCUUCUCUGCAUUAUAGCUCCCGCUGAGUGCAUCGUAAACGUCAAACUCAGUGAAGCAAACCGAGCUUCAGGCAACUUAAGAAAGAGCUUUCUGGAAUGCGACGUAAGAAAUCUAAAAACGAUAGGAAAAUGGCAUCAAUUUGUUGGAGAAGCUGGCACUAAGAUACCAAACUCCUGCGUUCCUACGCAACGCUGCGGAACCCAUGCCCCUGGCUGGAUGAAGGACGCGCACCCUAAGAAGGAAGAUGGAGUGGUUAAGAGGAAGAUCUGCUUCCACUGGAGCGGCAACUGUUGUCGAUGGAGUGUCGACAUCGACGUCAGGAACUGUGGAAGCCAUUACGUGUACAAGCUGGUGAAGCCGCCGGCGUGUUAUUUACGAUUUUGUGGCGAUAAAGGACAUAGUAAGUACAAAAUGAUAGCUCAUUUGAGAAACCUAGUCGGUUAAAUUUUUUUCAAGGCGAAGCAAAAUGUGCAGCAACAACACUCAAAAAAUUUGUUAAAACUUUUCUUGUGUUCUCCCAACAUACUGUGUGUGUUGUUACGCUGGUAAAAUGGAAGAAAAUGUGGUGUAUCGCUAAGUCAAUUGAUUUUUUUCAAGUGUUCAUGAAAAAGACGUCACAAUUAGGUGUCGUUUCGUGGUCAAGAUUGACUUGAUCUGUUUCCCAUGAAUACAAAGAACUACUCUAGGUGCAAGAAAAUGAACAAUCCUUUCCCUUUACUGUUUUAUUUACCCUUAGAUGUUUGUGAACCAAAGAAUCCGUGCCAAAAUGGCGGGAUUUGUAAACCUCAAGGUGAUGGCUACUAUUGCCAGUGUAAAUCCGGUUACCAAGGAAAGAACUGCGAUAAAGGUAUGCCAUGCAUGUUGUACAAAUAACCUUUCACGCUCUUUUAAUUCGUCAGAUUUCCGUAUCCAUAUUAUGAGAUUAACCAAAAAUUUUCAGGUUUCAAACUUGACAAACGAGUGUUCGGUAAGUCAAACAAACGAUCACGAGUUGGUAUCCACUUCCUCAAGAGUAACUGCGAAGGUCAUGUUAGCGUAUGAAUGCAUGUACAGUUAACAACUAAACCCACCUUUUUUCACCCACUAGAAGAAUUCUUUUUAAUAGUCUGCAUUAUAUGUAAGAUGAAAAUUGUCCUUUAUGUUUAAUUUCAUCCACACAUGAAAUUUGGUAGAAAAAUCGCGGUUGCUAAAGAUGGAAUCAUGAGUUCUGUACUCUAUCACAGUGCUGCUCAAUAUCUUAAAACUGCUCGCCAGUAAGGUUUUGUUCGAAUAAUGACUUUCUCUGCGAAACAAACGUGUCCGUGAACCAAACGUAGUACCCUGCACCGUGUGAAAGCGUUCAUCUCGAUGUUUUCUUUGCUAGAUAUCGAUGAAUGUGCUGUCAACAAUCCAUGUAAGAAUGGAGGAACGUGCACUAACACCGCUGGAAGCUACAAAUGCGCAUGCGGAGCAAAGUACACCGGAAGAAACUGCGAAACGGGUACGUGAUAUUUCGAGUGUAGAUUCUUCCUUUAUACAAAACUUCAGAUUUUAUGUUUAUCAGUGAUAAAUUACACAGUAUGUAGGUAAGUCAUGCUUUGAUAACAAAAGAUGAGAAGGCCCUAAUGAAGAACUAGCAAGGAGGCUUCAAGAUUUAGGCCUUGUUUUUAGUUUAAUUAUCUUUUCACGUAGAUGUUAACGAGUGCACAGUACACAAGCCUUGUAAAAACGGAGGUACCUGUAUAAACUCUGUUGGUGGAUACAGCUGCAAGUGCCCGAAUAACUUCAGAGGAAAACACUGCGAUGAAGGUACAUUUAUGUACUGUCUUGAUUUAGCUCAAGGAUGGUUUUGUUACCGUGUAUUACAUAUGCAAGACAAACAGUGUUAGUUACUUUAAGUAAUUCAACUUUCAAGGGAAUCGAAACCUUCGAGACUUCUGAUAGUUACUGAAAUCAUUUGGGUUCUUGUUUUCUUAUUUUCAAGAUGUUGAUGAGUGUAGCGACAUUAAACCCUGCAAGAAUGGAGCGAAAUGCGCCAAUACUGUUGGAAGUUACAAGUGCACAUGUGUGGGUGGCUGGUUCACUGGAAAACACUGCGACGAAGGUAAGAAUUUGGGAAAUCAGGCCCUAAAAAAAGAAAACUAAAUUGAUAAAUGAACACAAUAUUAAGCACGAGGACUUCGUUUCUACUGUUGUGUGCUUUUCUGCUCUUAAAUAACCAAACUUUCCGUAGAUUACCGUCGGCACCCAUUGUCUGCUUUUCACCAAAAAAGGAAAACAAAACACAUUGUAAAUGUAAAGCCUUACUAAAAGGCUCAGCGACAACGCCAUUUAUAAAGCCUGACCUGCAUCUUAACUCAAAGUUUAAGAGCAAGGUCACGGCACUUUCAGUUUGUGUGGCGUCUCUCUAUCCCUUGCCAUCCAUGUUCGUUUUCUUGAUUAAUUAGUUCCACUUUCCGAGCUAAUCAGUGUGGUAUCCUUCAAGUCUCACAGAUCGCAAUAAUGACUCGAAAUAUCGUGAUUCAGUCAAGUGAGUUAUUGCGACGUACUACAUUGUCCAAUGCUCGUUGGGUGUCUUAUGUGUCUUUAUGGCCUCGUAAGUGAUUACUCUCUGUCUCAGAUCCUUCGGAAUGUUCCAGCUACACUGAGCUUAACACCGCUGAUCGUGCCUCUGGGUCUCAUAGAGGUAGGUUGUUGAAGUGUGACAAGAACGACUUCCCAUCCCAAGCCAAGUGGUACCGCUUCACAGGUGCCGCAGGAACAAGGAUGCCUACUUCGCCUGUUGCCAUACAUCAUUGUGGAACCCAUGCGCCGGGCUGGCUGAAUGGCCAACAUCCGAAGAAGGAGGAUGGGCUUGUUUCGCGGAAGGUUUGCUUCAACUGGGGCAAUAACCUUUGUAGAUGGCACGUGUUUGUCAGUGUCCGUAACUGUGGGAACUUCCUCGUGUAUCAUUUAGGAAGGACACCUGGAUGCUCUUUCCGUUAUUGCGGAAACAACGGGCAUAGUAAGUUUUCAUCCCCUGCUGUUUGUAGAGCAGUUUUAUGGAAAUGCUUCGUGAUUGAGUGCGGUAAAACUAAACCUAAAGUUUACACAAAGGCCAAUCAGAAGAAAUGAGAACAUCUUUGAGAGCCAAUGCGAACUUAUAGUGAAUUCCACUAAAUUGCCUAAAGUGCGCGAAAACGCGGGUGUCCAGAUCGUGAUUGAUUUUAGUUUUCAUCCGAUUGGUUUAGAGAGUGAUGCGAGUUUUGUGGACCAACCACAAAGCGAAGUAAUGCAAAAACAAAACUAUUCCGGAUUACUUUCGACACUCACUUGAAAAUUGCUCUUAGUAUUGUAAAUCUAAAAUCAAUGUAACCACAAUGGCCAGUCAAAGAAAAAACAGAAAUCGCAAUAGGCAAAUGAAAUCUGGGAAAAAAAAACAAAGUGUACGAAAUUUUGCAAUUUGUCACCAAGCUGUAAUCAGGUUUUGUUGGGCAUCUUUUUGAUCUUAAGGGGUGUGAGUUUCGAGACCAGCUAUGAAAACCCUGCUCAAAGACCUUGAUUUCUAACGCGACUGUUUCGGCACUAGUCACAGUGGUGGUUUUUUUUUUUUUGAGAAAAUGACAAUAACCCUUUUGAAAUAUUUUUAGAUGUGUGUAAAGCUCGCAACCCAUGUAAGAAUGGAGCAACUUGUCAACCCAACGGUGACGGUCAGACAUGUCAGUGCCCAGCCAACUUCCAAGGAGAAUUUUGCGAUAAAGGUUAAAUUUGUCUGCUACUUAUAAAUCGGAAAACAAUUAAGGUUAUGUAAAAAGCGUAGAAUAGGUUGCUGUAAGGAUUCAAACACGAACGAAACCCAACUUCGCAAUUGACGCUCCACUAGUUGAUAGAAAAACUCGUUGUAGAGUUACAAUAAGCGGCAAAAGUAGUUUGUGCGCCUCCCCUUGGUAGGUGAUCUAAACCCCCUCCCCCCUUUCCACUCACCAUAAAAAGUAAAAGAGUAUUUUAAUUUAUGCCUAUUCAGUAACUUUAAAUUCCCUCCUCCCCCCUCAAAAAAUUAAUAGAUAAAUAAAUAAAUAAGUGACAAUUUUGUUAAUUUUGCAAUACAUCAAGGACCAUUUUGUUAACUGCAGGCAAGUUGAACGUUGAAUAGGAGGAGAGGGGGAGAUAAAGGAAAGUUAAGGAAAAUAAUUCAAAAAGUAGUGAAACGUGUCAAGACUUUUGCCACCCACUGUAGGUUCAUGUGUUAGAUGUGCAACGCAUUCUGCUGAUUUAGAUAAGUAACAUCCAAUGCCUAGAUGACCUCAUGCUGUCGUUUUGCUGCAUGGUCGGAUCUUUCCAACUCAGAUAGUUACUAAAAACGACCAUCCAAAUGAGAGAUCACGUGGGAACCAGAAAUUUACUUUCUCGCUAGCAAUUGAGAUAGAAGACUAUGACAUUUGAGGUUUCGCCCUUGAAAGACAUAACUAGAAAUGCCGACGGCUUUAUGCGCUUCUCUAAUUGGAAGAAUAGUUAGCAUGAUUAUCUUCAGAGUUACAUGGGAAAGAAAUUUCAGUGAGAAGGGAGGGGUCUAACAGGAUUUUGAAGAAACCAAGGUCAUUUUUGUCUGACAUAAAUGGUUGACCAACUUUCUUUUCAAAGAGGAGUCCCUGUUCACUCCCCGUUUAUUCAGGGUUUCUAAGAGUGAAUUGUUUGUUUCUUUUUUUUUUUUUAUUCAGAUGUGGAUGAAUGUGCUAAGAACCCAUGUAAGAACGGUGCAAAAUGUACCAAUACACACGGAGACUAUAAAUGCACGUGCAGCAGUGCUUUCACGGGAAAGAACUGUGACGUGGGUAAGGAAAUUACUGAUCUGUAAUCUUCAAGGAAAUGUUUAUUUAUCACUCAGCGGAUCCAUCGAUUUUUCACUUUUAAAAGCGUUGUUCCUUCUAUGGUGCUAGUUAUCUCUCCAUGGCCGAAAGCUUCAAAGAACGUUGUGUCAAAUUUGGAUCAUUUAUUUGUUAUACUCUACUAUUUGAUUAUAGUGUUUGUAGGGUAUUUUAAUGUUUUGUUUUGUUUUUGCUUUUUUUUUAAGUUUCACCUUCGCACGCAGCUCCAGUCUACUAAUGUUACACGACAACAGUAUCGUAUUUUUGAAUUAAAAUGGUCAUCAAAAGAUCCUGGCUAGUUGCUAUGAAUGACAGUUUUCUACGUCUACUCACGUCAUAGUACAUUUUAUUAUUUCUUAGACGUGAAUGAGUGUAAAGUGCGCAAUCCCUGCAAAAAUGGAGCCUCUUGUGUGAACUCCGUUGGUGGUUACAGCUGUCAGUGCCCUGGAAACUACAGAGGAAAACACUGUGAUGAAGGUGAAACUCUUUGAUUUUUUUUGUUUUUUUUGUUUUUUUUGUAAGAAAUAUUUGUUUGUAGCUUUCCUAUUUGGUUGAAAUUUAUGCACGAUUUAACGAACUUUCUUUCUACUCCUUAGAUGUCGAUGAGUGCAUUUCCAAGAGCCCAUGUAAGAACGGUGCAAAAUGUACCAAUACACGCGGAGACUAUAGAUGCGCGUGCAGCAUUGCUUUCACUGGAAAGAACUGUGAUGUGGGUAAGGAAAUCACUGAUCUGCGAUCUCUAUGGUAAUUUUUAUUUAAUUAUUACUCACAGGAUUCAUCGAUUCUUCACUUUGAAACACGUUGUUCCUUUUACGAUACUAGUUACCUCUCCAUAGUCGAAGGCUCUAAAUAACGUGGUGUUAAAUUUGGAUCAUUGUUUUGUUAUACUGCACUAUUCGAUUAUAGUGCUUCUAGGGUAUUUAAAUGUUUUUUUUGUGUUUUUAUUUUUUUUAAGAUACACCUUCGCACACAGCCAUAGUCUGCUAAUGUUAAACGACGCAGAUAUAGUACUUCGAAAUUUAGAUGGCCAUUAUAAGAGCGUGGCUAGUUGCUAUGAAUGACAGUCAUCUACGUCAACUUACGUCGUAGUACAUUUUUUUUUACUCAGACGUGAAUGAGUGCAAAGUGCGCAAUCCGUGCAAAAAUGGAGCCACUUGUGUGAACUCCGUUGGUAGUUACAGCUGUCAGUGCCCUGGAAACUACAAAGGAAAACACUGUGAUGAAGGUGAAAAUCUUUAUUUUUUUCUUAGAAAUAUUUGUUUGUAGCUUUCCUAUUUUGUUGUAAUUAGUGCACGAUUUAAAGAGCUUUCUUUCUACUCCACAGAUGUAGAUGAGUGCAUUUCCAAGAAACCAUGUAAAAACGGUGCAAAAUGUGAAAACACCCGCGGUGGAUACAAAUGUACUUGUGUAGGAAAGUGGUUCACAGGGAAACACUGCGACCAAGGUAGAGUUAUUGAAACGUUCACAGAUCACAUUAAUGAAGGUCAAAUGUGUGCAAAUUUACUUCCGAAGAGAAACACUUUACUUCUCUUCAAGUUAGUUAACAUACUCUCCUUCAUUUGUAAAAAAUGAUUGACGAUCCUUCUGUCUUCUGUCAGACAGGUUAGAAUGCUAGACAAACUCAGAGGGGACAUACCUUAAAUGUUUAUUUGCUGAAGCGGGUAUGGACGAUUCCUUGGGUCUUAAGUAAUCUGUCGAACAAUUCUUCUUUGCUUCAGAUCCUUCGGAAUGUUCUAGCUACACUGAGCUGAAUACUGCCGAUCGUGCCUCUGGUUUCCAAAGGGGUGGGUCGGUGAAGUGUGACAGAAACGACCUCCCUUCCCAAGCUAAGUGGUACCGCUUCACAGGUGCAGCAGGAACAAGGAUGCCAACUUCGCCUGUUGCCAUACAUCAUUGUGGAACCCAUGCACCGGGCUGGCUGAAUGGUCAACAUCCGAAGAAGGAGGAUGGGCUUGUUUCGCGAAAGGUUUGCUUCAAUUGGGGCAAUAACCUUUGUACAUGGCACGUGUUUGUCAGUGUCCGUAACUGUGGAAACUUCUUCGUGUAUCAUUUAGGAAGGACACCAGGAUGCUCUUUACGUUAUUGUGGAAACAAAGGCUAUGGUAAGUUUACAUUUCCUCUGCAUUAGAGGGCAGGUCUAUUGACUGUUGUGAGACCAAAAGCACACUUGUAAAGGUGACUUGUUAAAGAAAAGAAUGAUAUCACAACAAGCCUUGAAGGUGAAAGGAAAAACAAGAGAACUGAAUGAAGGGUGGUAAACCCGAGUUACUAAGCUGCAAUAGAUAUAAGUGAUGCGUGCUAUGGUUGGUAAGGGACGUGAGUUUUCGAGGUCAAUCACAACUGAGUGAGGUAAAGUUAAAGAAAUGCAACCCCGGUACACCUAAUGUUGUUCGAAAUUUUGCAUAGGGCGUAUUCCCAAUCAAAGGAGCACACACUUCAUCAUGGUAUAGUUAUGAGAAAUGAGCUGUAAGAAUCCCAUCUCGAUCAGUAAGGGGAUAAUUGCUAUAUAAGUUUGAUUCGUAGCGAUGUUUAUAGAGAACGUCAGUUUUUUGUGAGACUUCUCCUGUCCGUUGUCAAUUACUAUCGGCACUCUAUAAACAACUUCCAACAUGACAUUAACAAUGCGAAUUAAACGAAAUGUGGUGAUUAUAAAGACAGAUGUCUUGUCAAGAAUCCUUGUCUGAACGGAGGAACUUGUAAAAAAGUUGGAGAGGAGGACUAUCAGUGCGCAUGUCCAGCUUGGUACAAAGGACGAAACUGUGAACAAGGUAACACUUGAUGAAUUUUUUUGUAAUGUUGUAAGUGAUGUAAAACCAUUCUUCAGCGUUUGACCUGUGAAACUGUAGGACAUGUGACAGAUGUGACACACGUCCUCCAUACCGCCAGGGUCAGCAAAGACAAAAGACAUACUUACGAUAAGGACGAAUCAGCUUGGCGUUCAUAGAUCCUCCUCAGAUCUUAUUCAUAAUUCUCCCUCUGGCUACUAUAUAUUUCCUUUUUAAUUAAAUGAGAGCAUUCGGUGGUACAUUAAGAUAAUCUCUAUGCUGGACAUAGUUUUGCUGCAUAAUGUAUUACGACUUUAAUGAGAACUUACUUCUUAAUUACUGUAGGUCACUGAUUUAACUUUUGCUGUGUGACAGUCUGGAGGUGUACUUUGUGUCCUGUAUUUGAUUCUAGCUAUUUUUUAACAUAUAUAGCGAUCUGCAGACAAAGGACGGACAGCAAAGAUGGUCGCUGUUGUGUUUUCCCUUUUACAUACAAAGGCAAAACUUUCAACUCCUGCACUACCUACAAACACGACAGAUUAUGGUGUUCACUUGAUCGUGACUAUAAUGGAAAAUGGGCCAAUUGCGGUAAGAUGAGUGACUGAACAAAAGCUCUUUUGACUUAGUUAAAGUAAUCAAUAGAUCAAUCGACGCGAUCAGGUCAUCCGCUGUCCCCCCCCUCCCCCCCUUCGCCUUAUGUAUAUAUAGUACUCAUUCUGAGGGUAAUCAUUUUUCAUAAGGACAUCCCAUUUAUUUUCCAUCAAAACUGUCAAACAACAUGCAAACUUCAUGGAAUAUUUAUAUCGGGAGACCAAUUUCCUUACUCUAAAAUUAACCUGAGGGAAAUUCUUAAAGAAAUGGGGAUACCGACUCUCAGCUAAACACCGAAUUAGAAAUCAAUUACAGUUGUGAUGAUUCUCUUUUUCUGCAGUAUAUCCUUGUGACAAGAAACCAUGCCAGAACGGAGGAACCUGCAAAAACGCAGGGGUGGAUACCUACCAGUGUCAGUGUAAGAGCGGAUUCCAAGGAACCAAUUGCGAAAAAGGUAAAUGCUUGCAUGCCUAAGAUUCGCGUCAUACCUCAAGGGCACAAUUUUUAAACCAACGAGAUCCAUUUGUAAUUAAAAAAGCCUUAUUGGCGUUUCGCAAUUAUUUUGGUUAAAAGUAAUUUACAUAAUGGAGUACAAGGGGGUAAUUGACUGAUCCAUCCGGACAGUUCUCGUAAAUGAUCAUUUCUAUUGAUGCAGGUGUAAUUUUUUGCUAUGAUUUUCAGACGUUGACGAGUGUGCAACCCUUAAGCCAUGUAGAAAUGGAGCAAGUUGCCAAAACACCAGAGGAGGAUACAGUUGUGCUUGUGCUCAAAGAUUCACUGGCAAAAAUUGCGACCAGAGUACGUGGCUUUCCUAAUUUUUCGUGUGACGAAUCAGUUUUAGAUGCUGUGUCAAUUUGUUAUGUCCUUUAUUAUGAAUCUGACCUUCCUAAGGGAAGAAAACGUCCUAAGAGGCAGUGUAUAAUGAUUUCAAGUCGUAAACGUUUCCAUUCCCUGAAAACCCCUUAUCUCACUUAGUUGGGAUUGUUUGCUUGCCUUUCUAACACCACCACUUAUCAUACUUGCCCCAGUUUAUGUUCCUCCUGAAUGCAAAAAUCCAGUGGUUAUAAGUCAUGAAAGUCGUUCGAUGGAACACACUGGUGCACCCAUUAGUUGCGAUCAGCGGAACCUUCCUACGGUCGGCAAAUGGCACCGCUUCAUGGGCGCGGCGGGAAAUGCCAUGCCUACCUCCUGUGUGCCGACACACCGCUGUGGUACGCAUGCUCCUGGUUGGCUCUCGGGGGAUCACCCAUCUGAGGACCAGGGUGUUGUUACGAGAAAGGUUUGCUUCCAUUGGAGUGGCGACUGUUGUAGAUGGAGUGUAAACAUCAAAGUCAGAAGUUGCGGGGAAUAUUACGUCUACCAGUUGCCCAAAACACCUGUCUGCAAUCUCCGCUAUUGUGCGAAGAAAACAAGUGAGUUAUUGUCAUUUUUCAACAAACAUAGGCAGUUUCGAUUACUUUUUUAUAAUUUCUCACAAUAAUAUAGUUGCUUGUAAAAACACAGAAGAAUUAGCGAACAUAUUUGUAGCGUUUAAUAAGUACUUCAAGAAAUAUGUGAAUUGUUUUUUUUUCUAAGUGAAACACCGAAAAGACGAGAAAAGAAUAUAAGGUCUUUUCCUUUUUCUGUCAGCUCCUGGGGCACCCUCAUCCUGCAGACGACCGAUGGACAUCGGUGUAAUUAUGGACCGCUCUGGCUCAGUCGGAGGAAACAACUUUGAAAAGGCUAAACAGUUCGUCAUAUCUCUCGUACACAAGCUCCAAAUAUCGUCACACGGCACUCGAAUCGGAAUCAUCCCCUACCACUCUAAUGCGGAAGUGGCGGUAAAAUUCGCAGAUGUGGCAUAUCAGACGCCAGAUGCUAUGACCAGGUUGAUAAAGGGUAUCCCUUACACCCAUGGUUUGACACGAACCGACAUAGCUAUUGAACUGGCCAAUAGCCAACUGUUUAGCAACUCGGGAGGACGCCGUAUUGACAAACCUAAUGUGUUGAUUGUGAUGACCGACGGAAACACAAAUCCUGGAAGUAAAUCAUACAGCCAAGUUCUUGCUCCUUUAAAGGUAAGUUAGCCUUAAUUGUAUGCUUCAACCUGUUCAUAGAGCUGAAUUGCUUUUUAAUUCAGCAGAAUACCCGUGAAAACCGGCUGCGCUCGGUCCUUGCUGCCACGACCUCGGGCCAAUAUUUUCCAGUAUGGUUCCGGCGCUUGGUUGGCAAGGAGUUAGUACAUUAUGAUUGCUAAGAUUAGUUGACAACAGUUUCUUUGAGAGCAUUCAAAGAAAGUAUGUACCGCCAAAACAAUGACCGCUUUUAUUCGUCACACAGCAAAAGAAUGUGAGGAUGAUCGCUGUUGGUGUAGGAUCAAGUAUAAAUGAUGAUGAGUUGAAACAAAUCGCCGACGGAAAGCGGGAAAAUGUUAUUCACGUGGACAAGUUUGACGACCUUGUCAGCAAUGAGAAUAAUGUUCUGUUUGCAUCUUGCGAACCAGGUAACUGAGCAGUGACGUGGCAAUCUAUUUUUUUGUAAUGACCUCUGUGCUUCAACUGAUAAAUCCUAACAACCCACAACCACGAAAACAUCAUUUGCCCUAUUGCUUCUUAAACUCCAGCUUCUCUUAGUGUUUUGUUCAAAUAGGUUUGAGUUUUCAUGAAGUAUUCCCCCUUGCUUUUAAUCUUUUGACGUCUAAAUAACGUCUAAUAAUAAUAACUAGCGUCUAAUUUUUCUUUACGAUAUCCUAUAAUGACCCACUUUGAGGUCAUGAGAUAAGAAAUGAUCAGUAACUUAAGAAGCUCUUGGUAGUUAAACAAAUUCCCCAUGUCAGCACGUUAGGAUAUGUAUUGAGAACAGUUUGCAAAAUUUUCAUACUGAUGUGAGGGUACAAAGGUUUAAUGUUAGUUGAGAACUGAAUAAUCACGCACUUUGAAGGUUUUUACAGGAUUGCACCCGGGGGUAGACAGAGAAGUAAACGCUUUUGACUGUUCAACAGUUUUGAUGGUAAUUAAAUUGUUUGUAUAUGAAUGUAUAUUUUACUUGUGUCAGACUCUCCAGGUCCAGGUUGUCAUCAUGCCAUGGACGUGGGUAUCAUUAUGGAUCGAUCCGGUUCAGUUGGGUCUGCUGACUUCCUUAAAUCGAAAAGCUUCGUUAAAACUCUGGUACACCGUUUCCAAAUCUCUUUCCAUGGAACACGUGUCGGAAUUAUAGCUUACCAGUCGAAUUCGCACUUGGCUGUGAAGUUUAGCGAUGCUAAUUCUCAGAAUCCAGCUGCCAUGACAACCAUUAUCGACAACAUCGCCUACACCGGCGGGGGUACAAGGACCGACAUUGCACUUGAGAUGGCCAAUACAGGACUGUUCAGUUCAGCGGGUGGAGACCGAACAGAUAAACCUAACGUGCUUGUAGUAAUUACUGACGGAAAAACCAAUUCUGGUAGCAAGGCUUAUCAGACCGUUUUAGCACCGCUUAUUGUAAGUGUAGUUAGGGUGUAUGUUGUCAUUGUGUGAGUGUACGCAUAUCGAUUGAGUGUUGCAAGGCUAAGAAAAAAAAUUACUCAAGAUGAUCGAUUGCGGAAAACACAAUUUAACAACGAGCCAGUUUGCUUGUUUUUUGCUCUGCAUCCCAGUUACUGAAGCACGAGAAAACGUGGAUGACCAAUUUACGAUCAGUUUUGGUGUCGCAUUUGAUUGGUUGAGUGUAGCGCGAGUGAUUAUAGGUGACGCAAAGCGACGAAGGGCAAAACUAAAUGGCUCAAACGCACACCUUUUUUUUUUUUCAGUUUAUCGUUACCUGUUCUUCAAAAAUCAACAGUUGAUUUUAAACUCGUCUUACUUUCAUCAGGCGUGCAACGAUAAGCAUGAAAAAAUACAAAUUACCUCUUCAUAGUGCUGCAGUUAUAAAGAAUUUUUAUAAAUUUUCUUGGAAAGGAGAGAAAAUUGUAUAACGCUUAUGCAAAAACGAAAUUCUUACCAAAUUGUGUGUUUAUUUACGUCAUAGGAUAGUAAGGUAAAAAUGAUUGCCGUUGGAGUUGGCUCCGGCAUCGACUACAGUGAACUCAAUGAGAUUGCUAAUGGAAAAACGGCGAAUGUUAUCCAUGUUGACAAGUUCGAGGAUCUCUUUGUACGACUGAACAACGUACUUCGAGCUUCAUGUCAAGCUGACUAAGAAGUAAGUUUAUGUUCAUGUUCGUCUAGAAUAAGUUUCUCCUCGUGGCCAUAUUUUUCUUGAAACUUGGAUGUGACAUUUCACAUAAGAAAAGAACGGAAUUUCAUACCGGUAGAGUAAAUAAUGACAGGAAUACUUACAGAAAUAUGGUUAAGUUCAUUGAUUGAUUUCUUAGCUGAUAUAUUUAUCUAAAUUUAGGGGGACGUCUGACAGUCAGUACCCGCUAAUAAUCCUUUAUAUUUUAUCAAAUUAAACAGGAUUCGUUAGAACAAUACAUUACCCAGUAAUUGCCCCCUUUUCUUCGCAUACUAUUAAUAAUGAAAACAGAAACAUGUGACAGGGAAAAGUUAGGUCAUAAUUUGUCCAAAAAAACUGUGUCUCGCCUGAGUCUAAAUACUCCUACACCCCCACUCACUUUGUCAUUGUAAAUGUAAAGACGCUAAAAACACCCUAAAUAAUCAAAAAUAAGCAACCUAAGAUGGAUUUUAAAUAAUUUUUUUGUAUUCUUUAAUUUAGUUAGUUUGAUACUCUCUCUCUCUCUUUGUUUACAGAUUACCACCACUAGAUAGUUUAAUCACUCAACAAAAGAAUGAAGACACAACGCAAUGGAUAAUAUUCAUGUCAAAAAGCUUCAAUAAAUGUUCUUCAGGCA